AUGGACCUUUAAUUUUCAUUCUAAGUUGUUAAUUUGUCAUAGAAUUAUUAAAUUAGGUUAUCUUAACCAAAAAUAGUCAAUACUCAAUUAUACUAUUAGAAUAAAAAUGAGGUAAAUGGAAAAAAACUAAGAGAUGCUAAUCUAUAUUAUCCCUGUAGAAAUAUUUAGACUAAUUAAAAUUUUUUAGCUUAAUUAAUAUACAUAGAGCCCAAUAAAAAUUCUUAAUAAGAAAUAGCAGUAUUUGAUUUGUUUUGUAAGCAUCCUCACACAAAUAUAAUCAAAAUUUUUGAUCUUAUAGAAAAGGAUCAUUGGUAUGUGAUAUAAGAAGAUAUAACUUUGAAUUUAGAGGAAUUCAUGAAGAUUCGAUAAUAAUUAUCAUUAUCACUAAAGAUAAAUUUUUUUUAAUAAUUGAUUUCAGGAUUCAAACAUUUAAAAUUGCAUAAAAUAAUAUUAAGAGACUUAUAACCUAAACAUAUUCUAGUCAAAGUUAUAAGAGAUGAUGAGUAUAUACUUAAAGUAAGAAUAUAAUAUAUUUUUAGAUAUCUGAUUUUAGGUCUGCUGAAAUUACAGAAAAUGGAAAAAUAUAAUCUAUAAAUGGGAUGUCUGAUUUUGCAGCACCAGAAACAUUCAUAGAGGGAGAAACCUUAACAAAUUCUUGUUGUGUUUAUACAGUAUAAUAUUUAUAAUAAAAUAGUUGGGAAUGCUUUUAUAUUAUAUUUGUAAUGAUGGAAAGAAACCUUUUUAAGCAGAAUCAUAUUAGGAUUUUAUAUAGAAGCAAAAGGAAUUUUGUUAGACUUUAUCAAUCUAAUAAUAUUAAAAUAAAGAUGAUGAUUAGUUGAGAAAAUAUUAUAAAGAAAUGCUUAUUUAUGAUAAAAAUAAAAGGAAUCAAACUUUUUACAAUGAAUUCUGUUAAGAUUAUUUUCUAUUGGAUAAUCUAUAUUUUUUAAAAAGAUCAUCCUAAGUUGGAGAAGGAUAAUAGGGAACAGUUGUUGAUGCUAUUAAUAUAGAAACAUAAGAAAAAUUAGUAUGUAAGAUGAUUCAAAAAAAAGUAUUAUAAAAUGAUGAAGAUAUGAGAGAAAUAUAAGUCUGUGAACAUCUUAAAGGGGAACAUCAUUAAAACAUAAUAAAAAUAAUCAAAAUAAUAAAAGAUCCAUAAUGGUAUUUUAUAUUUUUUGAAAAAUGUGAAAAGAAUAUGAAAUAAUUCAUUUAAGAAAAUAAGAAUUAUUUAACAGAUUUAGAAAUUAUAGAUUUUUUAUCAUAAAUAAUUUAAGGGUAUAAUUUUCUUAAAUAGAAAAAAAUUGUUCAUAGAGAUUUGAAACCAGAGAAUAUUAUGAUUAAAUUUGAUAACAACAAUAAUAAAAUUUAUAAAGUAAUUAAUAUAUAUAUUUUAGAUAAUUGAUUUUGGAGUAUCUAAAAUAGUUUCAUCUUAAGAUUUAGCGUGUACAGAUGUGGGUAGUCUACUUUAUAAAGCACCUGAAAUUUUAGAAAAUGAAGAUGGUUAUACUAGUCAAUGUGAUAUAUUCUCAGUAAUAUUUUUAUUGUUAUUUUAAGUUAGGAGCAUUGAUGUAUUAUAUGAUGUAUAAUAAAGAAUACAUAAAUGCAAAAAGCUUUAUGGAAAUUGCUUAAAGUUAGAAAUAAUUAAAAAUCCAUCCAUUUAAAUGUCCUGAUACAAUGAGAGUAUAAGUUAUUAGUUAUUUAAGAAUAUUGAUAUAAAAUAAUUGAUUGAAAAGAUGAUUGUAUUUGAUCCAGCAAAAAGGAUUAGUUGGGAAUAAUUAAUGGGUUACAAAUUAUCUAAAGAUUAUCUCGAUAUUUUAAAUGAUAUUUAUUCUUUUUUGUUAAUUGCUCUAUAAACUGAACAGUUACUUUAUGAAAUAUAACCCAAUUAUAAAGAUAAUGUAAUGCUUACUGAAGAUAUUUAUGCUCAUAGGAGUAUACUUUUGAAAUUUAUAGAAUUAACAUUUUAGAAAAUAAAUCAAUCAUUUUAAUCAAAUUCAGUCUCAUUUAAUGAGACUGAAUAUAAAAUAAAUUAGAAAUUUAAUAUUGAUAGUUGGAAGAUGGAUAAUAAAUGGAAUAAAUCUAAUUAAUUAUUAUAAUAAAGAUAAUAAAAAUUAGAAAAAAAAUAAAUCACUUAAUCUGUUUAAGCUUUGAAUGUUAUAUAGAAUAUGGAAAUUAAAAAUUCUGAAAUACCUUUGAAUUUCAAGAUAGUACAUAGAUUUUACAUGGAUUUACCAAAUUUAUUAAAAAACCCUAUUAUUCUAUAAAAUGAAUCAAUUUAAUUAAAAUAUCAUUUAUUGAAAAUGAGAAAUUUGUUUAAUGAUUUUACUUAUGUUUACAUUUUAGGACAAAGUGUUUCAAAGUAAUAUAAUGAAAAGAUAUCAGAAUAAGAAAUGUAGACAUAUUUCAACUCAAAUAACUGA